AUGGGUCCAGUCACCUAUAAGGUUCACCAUCCAGACAGAGGAAAAGAGAACCAAAUCUACCACGUCAACCUUCUCAACGAAUGGCAAGAUAGGACACCUGAAGGAAAGAAGGCCUUGGUAGCAUGCAACGUAGUCCCUGAUAAGGAGAAUUAUGAAGAUGGGGUGGAUGUCGAGGCUGUGAGAUGUCCCCAGUCCGCAGUGAGCCUGGAAGUUAAGAAUCCGGUGCUCUGGAAAGAGGACUGCAAACGAGCCUUCACACAGCUGACACAGCACCUGUGCGAACCUCCAGUUCUACAGAGGCCAGACUUCACAAAAAUGUUCUUGGUCCAAGUGGAUACAGCAGCCAAGGGGCGAAUUAUCGCCCACCAUUACUUCAACAUGAAUGCCAGGAUCCACCAUAUAUGCUGGAAUCAUUUGAAGGAGUGUUUUGAAUUCUCUGAUGUCACCAGACACUGUCAGGAAGCCCCGCCCCCUUCCCCAGAUCCUCCCACCCAGGUGCCGCGGGAGCAAAGGGGGCAAGCUGGCAUUUGUCCCGGCACUUUUGAAACUACUGGAGCGGUGACCAGCACUUCAGAUGAGGACUCGCUCGAGCUUCACAUGGUGCGGCUGGAACUGGAGGAUGUGGAGAAGCAGAUCCGCGGCCUACUCGACAAGCAGGCCCAGCUGCUGGAGCGACAAACUGCGCUGGAAACAUCUUGUGCCUCUGCCCACAUAUCCAAGGUAAACACACAGCGUGGUAUUUCCACUCCCAGCCCCUCUACGCCGUGUGUUUCUCUGUGCAGGGACCGUGCACGUAGGACUUUCCCAGCCGUGGUCUCCGUCACGCCGGCGCCAACACACCUCGGGCCUUGGGUGAACCAGCGGCGGAAGGCGCGGGCUGGACCCUCUCCACCUCCGGUGUUCGAGAUUCCAACCAGGACCCGCUUCGCCCCUCUCCGUCAGACCAGACCCAACGCUGUGAUCGUCGGGGACUCCAUUGUGCGGAACGUCUGUUUGGGGACGUGGGGACGAACGACACCAGGCUGCGGCAGACGGAGGUUCUGAAGAGGGACUUCUCCAGCCUGAUCAAGAUGGUACGAGGCAGAUCACCCACCGCGAAGAUCAUCGUCUCUGGACCUCUUCCCAGAUACAGACGUGGAGCAGAAAAGUUCAGUAGACUUCUAGCAUUAAAUGACUGGUUAGUCUCUUGGUGUAAUGAGCAGAAUCUGGUGUUUGUCAAUAACUGGAAUCUGUUCUGGGAGCGUCCUAGGUUGUUUUGUCCUGAUGGCCUGCACCCCAGCAGCCUUGGCUCGGAACUGCUGUCAGACAACAUCUCCAAGGCGCUACACUCCAAGUGACUGCCUACCGUAAGUACAUCUUCCAAUAAUAACAACAUUCAGUAUAAUCAAUGUUCAAUUAAAAAUCCGGCACCGGUAAUACAUACUAUAGAGACUGUGUCUGUUCCCCGAGCUAUACAAAUAUAUAGAAAAUCUCGGAAAGUCUAUCUUCGUAACCUAAUUAACAUAAAAUUAAAUCAUAUUGAAUGCACAGCCAGCACUUUUGAUCUGAGGCUAGGACUAUUAAACAUUAGAUCUCUUGCGUCUAAGGCUCUUAUUGUUAACGACAUCAUUACUGAUCAGGAAUGUAAUUUAAUGUGUUUAACAGAAACUUGGAUUAAACCAAACGAGUACAUAGCAUUAAAUGAAGCCAGUCCUCCUGGAUACAGUUAUGUACAUCAGCCUCGUUCAACUGGUAGAGGAGGAGGUGUUGGUCUCAUCCAUAGUCAAAAUCUAGUCGUCACACAAAAACCUAGUUAUAAAUUUAAUUCUUUUGAAAUUCUUUAUACCAGUAUAAGUUAUGUAGCCACAAAAAAUAAGUCAAUUCCUCUAAUUAUUAUUUACAGACCCCCAGGGCCAUAUACUGAAUUUCUUAGUGAAUUUGCAGAAUUUGUCUCAAACCUGGUUGUGUCUGUAGAUAAAGAAUUAAUCGUCGGAGACGUUAAUAUUCAUUUUGAUAACCUGGAAGACCCUCUAAGAUUAGCGGUUGUGUCCAUCUUAGAUUCAGUAGGGAUUAAUCAGAACGUAAUCGGGCCUACUCAUAAUGGUGGUCACACUCUUGACCUCAUACUAACAUACGGACUAAGUAUAGAAAAUAUUAUAAUUUUUCCGCAGUCUGAAGUUGUCUCAGACCAUUAUCUUAUCUCGUUCAUAAUACGUAUUGAUCAUAAUAUUUCCACCUCGCCUCGCUACCGUGUAAAACGUACCUACACAUCAGCUACUGCACCGAGCUUCAUAAAUAACCUCGCAGAAACAUCAAUUAGAUUUGGAUCACCGUCAGAUCCCAUAGAACUCGAUCAGGAGACUGAAAGCUUGGAGUCAACACUCCGCUACACGCUAGAUAGAGUGGCUCCACUCAAAAGGAAAAUAAUUAGAGAAAAAAAGUUAGCACCCUGGUAUAACGAUCAAACGCGAACCUUAAAACAGACAACUCGACAAUUAGAACGUAAAUGGCAUCAAACCAAACUGGUGCUAUUUCAAACAGCAUGGAAGGAGAGCCUCCUGAAAUAUAGGAAAUCUCUUGGCGAUGCUAGAAAAGUCUCUCUCUCCACCUUAAUAGGAGAUAACAAAAACAAUUCUAGAUUCCUAUUCAACACGGUAGCAAAAUUAACUAGGAAUAAAACCACUACAGAGAGAAACACAAUCAUUACAUAGCAGUGAAGAUUUCAUGAAAUUUUUCAUUGAUAAGGUUGAAAAUAUUAGACGUGAAAUACAGGCCAUUAAAUUAAAACCGGACAGUACUGUAACAAACCCAUUACAUGACAAUGUAGCAAUAUCAGAUCAAUGUUUAGAGUAUUUUGUUUCGCUUAGAGAGCGCGAACUAGCUACAUUAAUCUCUUCAGCCAAUUCAUCAACUUGCAUACUAGAUCCCGUACCUACAUGUUUGUUUAAACAGAUUUGUCCAGGAGUAAUUGAACCACUUUUAAAUAUACUCAAUUCUUCCCUAAGCACUGGCUAUGUACCUAAAUCACUUAAAUUAGCAGUUAUUAAACCCUUGAUUGAAAAACCUGAUCUUGACCCGUCUCAAUUGUCCAGCUAUAGACCAAUAUCAAAUCUCCCCUUCAUCUCUAAGAUUUUAGAAAAGGUUGUAGCAAAGCAGUUAUGCUCAUACUUAGAUAGGAAUAACAUUCAUGAAAUGUAUCAGUCAGGAUUUAGACCUCAUCAUAGCACAGGGACAGCGUUAGUUAAAGUAGUAAAUGACCUUCUACUGACUUAUGAUCAGGGUUGUGUUUCGUUGCUUGUGUUACUCGACCUUAGUGCAGCUUUUGAUACUAUAGAUCACACUAUUCUCCUUGAUAGAUUAGAAAAUGUUGUUGGUAUUAAGGGAACAAUCCUCUCCUGGCUCAGGUCUUAUCUGACCGAUCGUUAUCACUUCGUAGAUGUAAAUGGUGAUUUCUCCAUGCGUACUGAGGUUACUUUUGGAGUUCCACAGGGUUCUGUUUUAGGCCCACUGCUCUUUACUUUAUAUAUGCUACCCCUAGGUCAAAUUAUUCGUAAACAUGGAAUUAGCUUCCACUGUUAUGCUGAUGAUACACAGCUGUAUGUUUCAGCGAAGCCAGAGGACAGACAGAAGCUUAGUAAAGUUGAGGAUUGUGUAAAGGACAUUAGACAUUGGAUGUUAACUAACUUCCUUCUACUUAAUUCUGAUAAAACAGAAAUAUUUUUAUUAGGCCCACGUGUAGCUAGAAGUAAUCUUUCUGAUCACAUGGUUACUCUGGAUGGUCUUUCUGUUUCAUCAUGUACAGCAGUUAAAGACCUUGGAGUGAUUAUUGACUCCAGCCUAUCAUUUGAUGCUCAUGUAGAUAAUAUUACUAGGAUAGCCUUCUUUCAUCUCAGAAAUAUUUCUAAAAUAAGAAACAUAUUGUCACUACAUGAUGCAGAAAUAUUAGUUCAUGCAUUCGUCACCUCUAGAUUAGAUUACUGUAAUGCCUUUCUGUCUGGAUGUUCCAGUAGGAAUAUAAAUAAGCUCCAGUUAGUCCAGAAUGCAGCUGCUAGAGUCCUAACUAGAACUAGAAGAUACGACCAUAUCACACCAAUAUUAUCAAUACUGCAUUGGCUCCCAGUAAAAUCUCGCAUUAACUAUAAAAUACUUUUAUUAAACCUAUAAAGCACUAAACGGUCUUGCGCCACAAUAUCUAAGCGACCUUUUGGUUUUCUAUGAUCCGCCACGCCUACUUAGAUCAAAAGAUGCAGGCUAUUUGAUGGUACCUCGAAUAGUGAAGGCUACAGCAGGGGGGAGAGCUUUCACUUAUAGAGCCCCACAGUUAUGGAACAGUCUUCCAAUUAGUGUUCGGGACUCAGACACAGUCUCAGUGUUUAAGUCUAGGCUUAAAACGUAUUUGUUUACUCAAGCCUACCCUGACUAGAUUCUGUUCUACUACUUCGCAGUCUUAAUAAUCUUUUUUCUCCCUCUCUCCUUUCGCCGAGCCCCACACGAAUUUAUGGAGAUACUAGAGAUCCAGAUCCUUUCUGCCUCUGGAUGGAGCUCAAAUCUUCUCUAAUUCCAGACUGCUGGGACUACGGCUGCUCCUAAGGCCA